AGCAAGCCCGCCGCACCCGUGGGAGGCGAGCGGGGGAGUCGUUGGGGCCUAAGUGACGAUUUGGCCCUGUCUACCUCAGUAGAGGUAGCAACCGUUUAUGCAGUCAGGACUUGUAGAAAUGGCUGUCAACUUGCGUGUUCAGUUUGGUUCACAAGUCCCUCCCACAUCACAUGUUCAGUGGACCAGUGGCAGCUGUGUAUUUCCGGUAAAUGGGCCGUUGUGGUAGAAGAGGUCCCUGCGCAAUCACGUACGUUUGCUCCACUGCUUCCAAGUGCCACCUGUGAUCUGCACUCUUCUGGCAACCAGCCGCCACUGCAAUGGACAAAUGUGUGGGAGGAGGUGGGAUAGUUGCAGCUGUCCCUGCUACCUGUGUUCAUUGUUAAGGUGAAAGGGAGAGACCUCACUUUGCAAAAGGCCAUUUUGAGAAGCAGCAACAACAUAAGGGAAGAAAAUGCAGAUUUCUAUUUUCAUAGUUGAUGCAUUUACAGAUCAGCCAUUUCGUGGCAAUCCUGCAGCUGUUUGUCUUCUUGAAGAUGAAUUGGAAGAAGGUUGUCACCAAAAAAUCGCAGCAGAAAUGAACCUGUCAGAAACUGCGUUCAUCAGAAAACUGCACCCCACCGAUGACUUUACCAAAAGUUCCCAUUUUGGAUUAAGGUGGUUUACACCAACUAAUGAAGUCCCUCUCUGUGGUCAUGCCACCCUUGCGUCAGCUGCUGUGUUAUUCCAACUCAAAAAAAAUGUGAAUUCUACCCUCACUUUCCAAACUCUGAGUGGAGAACUGAUUGCCAGAGAAGCAGAAGAUUAUAUUAUCCUGGACUUACCACUUUAUUUCACCUGUCCACAGGAUUUUCAGGAAGUGAAAGAGUUAGUGAAGGCAGCAGUUGGUGAUUUGAAUGUUCAAGAUAUUCGCUAUUCUCCUGACACUAAGAAGCUCCUUGUUUGUCUCAGUGACAUUUAUAAAAGGUCUGAUUUGGAGAAAUUAAAAGUGAAUGGCCAAGAACUUUUAUUGGCCGAGAAGACUGGAAAAGUCAAAGGAUUAAUAGUCACUCUUAAGGGAGAUUUUCAUGGAAAACAUGAAAGCUAUGACUUUUACUCCCGCUACUUUGCACCAUGGAAUGGAGUUUCAGAAGAUCCUGUCACAGGAUCUGCUCAUGCUGUCUUAAGUAGUUACUGGUCACAACAACUGGGGAAAAACGAACUGUGUGCAUUUCAGUGUUCCACUCGUGGAGGACAGCUGAAGAUUUUGCUCCGGCAUGAUGGAAGAGUAGACAUUGGUGGCCAAACAAGCAUUGUGUUAAAGGGCUUUUUGACCAUUUGAAGCAAAUAAAUAAAUGCUCUCCAUCAUUAAAAAUGUUUGUUCUGAUUGUUGCUAAUGCGGAUACAUAUUUUACUUAGAUGAAUACUGCUACUUUAUUUAAAAGGCAAAAUAUGCAUAAUUUAGAAACUUGUCUAUACAGAAUGUGCAUAUUUUUUGCAUUAAUAAUUCCCUUUCCAUCUUGAGAGCUUCAGACAGGUAAUAACAGAUUGAGCUGGCAAUCCUAAACCUACUUAGUAGGGAGUAAAUCCCAUUGAACACCAUGGGAUUUAGUUAUGAGCAAGCGUACAUAGGAUUGCACAGCAAGAAGCAUGUUUACAGUGUAAUCCUAUACAUGUGUCCUCAGAAAUAAGUAAGAGCUCAGUGAGCAUCCAGGUAAAUAAAUAUCGUAUUUCAGCCUUAUUAAAUUAUACAAUUUCUACCCAGUCCCUUUGCAACUGCUUGAGAGCGCUGUUCAAAACAAAACAAAACACACAUGAGA